AUGCACGUCCGAAUCUUUGCCGCUUUCUGCGCCGUCCUGGCCGCUGCCGUGCCACUCGAAAAGAGACAGGGUGACAAGUUCUCGACCGGAGUGCCCGACCUCCCGUCUCCCACCGUCCCGCUGCCCACGACCGGAGGCUCUCCGCUUCCCACCGGGGAGCUUUCGAUGCCUACCGGGCGCCCUACCAGACGCCCAACCGGACGCCCCGGCCUCCCGUCAGGCUUGCCCACUGGAGGGUUCCCUACCGGAGGGUUCCCUACCGGACCACUGCCCACUGGGGGGUUUCCCACUAUGUGUCCCACCGGUUUCCCUGGUGGUGGUGGUGGUGUCGACUUCCCAGGGGUUCCCACCGGCUUCGCUGCCGAUGCCGGUAGCGAUGCCUUCUCCGGGCGUCCCACUGGCUCCGGGCGUCCCACCAGCCGUCCCAGACCUACUGGUAGUCCUAUGCCUACUGGCCGACCUGGUGGCACUGGUCUCCCCGGCCGCCCUACCGGCCGUCCCACCCGCACGCGGACUGGUCUUCCAACUGGUCGCCCGACGGGCGCCCCAAGCGGUCCCACCGGAUUUCCUCCCGCACCGACAGCCACCACUAGCUCCGCUUAA